UAUCUUGAUGUGGUCCUGCUAAGAAGUUGAAAAUCUAUAAGAAAAGAUGGUGAAACAUCGCCUUAGAGAGUCUAUCAAAUCUUUGUUUGGAAGUCAUAUUGACUCUAAUAAAGAAGAGCAGCUCCACGUAGCUAAAGCAGAUAUUGAAGACAAAGUGAAAGAAAUAUUGAAACUUAUUAAAAAUGACAACCUUGAAGAGGAUGGUACCCCAGUGCAACUUUCGAAGAGAGAACCACUUAUUGAACUGAUUGAAGAUUUCCACAAUCAAUACCAAUCACUGCAUGCGCAAUAUGAUAAUCUAACAGGUGAGUUAAGGAAAAGGAUCAAGGGCAAGCGAGAAAAUGGGAGUUCUUCAUCCAGCUCGGACUCAGAUUCAGGUUCAGAUUAUUCUUCAAAGGAAAAAGGCAACAAAAACGGACAACUGGAAAAUGAAUUUCAAAAGACAAUCGGUGGCUUAAAGCAAGAGCUUGAAGUGGUGCAUGCAGAAGUGGCUGAAUUAAAUCGGAAGUUGACAAUUUCACAUGAAGAGAAGGAGGAUCUUAAUUCCAAAUAUCUUGCAGCACUGAGCAAGAUACAAGAAGCAGAUACAGUUAACAUGGAUUUGAAAAGUGAUGCUGAAGUAUUAGGCACUCAAAGAUCUAAACUUUUGGCUGAGAAUGCUGAACUAAGUAAACAAGUGGAUAUUGCUGGCAAAAAAGAAGCUGAACUGAGUCAAAGAUUGGAAGAGUUGAAGAUAGAAAAAGAUAGUUUGACCAUGGAGAAGGAGACAACUCUCCAACAGAUUGAGGAGGAAAAGAAGAUUACUGAUGGUCUCAGAACCCUUGUUGAUCAACUGAAAGAUGAGAAAUUAGCUCUUGGCAAAGAGUUAGAGGCAGUUACAAGUGAACUUUCCAUUCUGAAACCGCAGUUGGAAGACGGAGAACAGAAAAUGACAGGUAUAAGCCACAAUCUGAAAGUUGCUGAGGAAGAAAACAAAUCUUUAAAAGAGCAACUUUCACAGGCUUCAAAUGAGGUUCAGCUGGCUCAGAGUAGAAUACAAGAAUUUGUAGCUGAAUCAAGUCAGUUAAAAGAGAAACUUGAUGUGAGUGGAAGGGAAAUUAAUGCCUUUACUCAGAUGCAUGAAGGUUUUCAGAAAGAAUCCUCAAAUCGUGUGGGGGAACUUGAGGCACAGGUCACCAACCUGGAGUUGGAGUUAGAAUCACUUAAAAACCAGAAAAGAGAUAUAGAAGUACAAAUGAAGAGCAGCACCACUGAAGCAAGGGAACUAGGAGAGCAAAAUUCAGGCCUACAAAACCAAAUAUCACAACUCGAAUUGAAGUCCAGAGAAAAAGAAGAGGAGCUAUCUGCUAUGGUGAAGAAACUUGAAGAUAAUGAGAAUGAAUCAUCUUUGAAAAUUUCAGAUUUAACAUCUCAGAUAAACAAGCUGCUAACUGAUAUUGGGACACUACAUACUCAAAAAAAUGAACUCGAAGAGCAGAUAAUUUUUAAAAGUAACGAAGCUUCCACUCAAGUGGAAAACAUUACACAUGAGGUGAAUGCAUUGCAGCAAGAAGUGACGUCCCUCCAGCACCAGAAAUCUGACUUGGAAGCUCAGUUAGUAGAAAAAGUCCACGAAAAUUCCAAGAAUAUGAAUGAAAUGCAAACUCUGAAAGAGGAAAUUGACCGAAAAAUCCUUGAACAAGAGAGACUUCUGGAAGACAGAGAAAAUUUAGCCAUGCAGCUAAGGACAUUGGAAUCAGAGAUGAACACCAUUCAGAACAAAAACAGUGAAGCUGAAGAGCAAAUAAGGGCUAAAAGCCAUGAGAUCAGUCACAUGAAUCAGGGCAUGUUGGAGCUACAUGAAAAAAUAGCAGAAAUAGAGAAGAUAUCAACAGAUAGAGAAUCAGAUUUGUUGACUCUCCAGGAUAAGUUUAUUAGCGCAGAGCAAGCAGUUUCAGCUCAGAUAAUGGCCUCCAGCGAACAAAUUAAGAAUCUUGAACAUGAUUUGGCAUCACUGCAGAAAGAGAAACACGAAUUAGAACAACAGUGUGAAAAGCUGAAGUUGGAGGUAGAUUCUAUACAGAACCAAAAGGGUGAAGUUGAAGAACAAAUGAGAACUAAAGACCAUGAGAACUCUGGACUGCGAGAAGAAAUUUUGGGAUUGCAGGGAACAGUAGCUGUGCUGGAGAAGACAUUAGCUGGGAAAGAGGCAGAGCUAUCCAGUUUGCAGGAAAAGCUUCAUGAAAAAGAGAGCGAGGCUGCAGGUCAAAUAACUGGCUUCAUAGCCCAGAUUGAUAAUUUAAAACAUGAUGUGGUGUCCCUGCAGAAUGAGAAACAGGAAGUAGAACAGCAGUGUGUAAAUCUGAAGAUGGAGCUGGAUUCCGCACAAAACCAGAAAGUUGAAGUUGACGAGCAGUUGAGAACUAAAGACCAAGAGAACACGGAACUGAGAGAGGAAAAAAUUGGAUUGCAGGGUACAAUUACUGCACUGCAGAAAACAUUAGCCGAUAAAGAGUCAGAACUAUCCAAUUUACAGGAAAAGCUUCAUGAAAAAGAGAGCGAGGCUUCCGGUCAAGUAACUGCCUUCACAGUCCAGAUUGAAAAUCUGAAACAUGAUUUGGUGUCCUUGCAGAAUGAGAAACAGGAAGUAGAACAGCAGUGUGAAAAGCUGAAGGUGGAGCUGGAUUCCUCUCAGAACCAGAAGGGUGAAGUUGAAGAGCAGAUAAGAGCUAAAGAACAUGUGAACACCGAACUGAAAGAGGAAAUUUCGGGAUUGCAGGGAACAAUUACUGCACUGGAUAAAAGAUUAGCUGAGAAAGAGUCAGAGUUAUCCACUUUACAGCAAAAGCUUGACGAAAAAGAGAGUGAGGCUUCCGGACAAGUAAUUGCUUUCACGGCCCAAAUUGAUGAUCUGCAGAAAGGCUUACUUUCAUUACAGAAAAUAAAAGAAGAAUUGGAGCUCCAGCAUGAAAAAAUUAGUCAAGAACAUGCAGAAAGCCUUGUAAUGGUAGAGAAUGAAAAGAAUGACAUAUCAAGCAGGUCUAUGGAUCUUAAGAGAACACUAGAAGAGCGAGAAGAUUCAUAUCAGAGGUUAAAUGAAGAAUAUAAACAAAUUGAUGGUUUGUUUCAGGAAUGCAUGGUCAAGCUUGAAGUUGCAGAGAAGAAAAUUGAAGAAAUGGCAGCAGAGUUUCAUGAACGAAUUGAGUUGAAAGAUCAGAAGGAAGCUGAUUUGGAACAUACAGUAGAAGACCUAAAAAGAGACCUAGAAGAAAAAGGAGAUGAAAUCAGUACUUUGCUUGAGAGUGUUCGGAUCCUUGAGGUUAAGCUUCGUCUGUCAAACCAGAAGCUUCGGGUCACAGAACAAUUGUUGAGUGAGAAAGAAGAAAGCUUUAGGAAGACGGAGGAAAAGUUUCAGCAAGAUCAGACAGCGCUUGAAGACAGAAUUGCUAUUUUAUCAGCACUAAUAACUGCCAACAAUGAAGCUUUCGAUGGAAUUGUUUCUAAUGUCAGAGAGUGUGUGAACAGUGUCAUGACUGGCAUAGAAUUUGUAAGCUGUCGAGUUUCUGAUGACUGCAAAAGUUACGAGGAGUGUGUCUCCAACAUUUCACGCGAGCUUGAGAUUGCAAGGGGGCAUGUGAGGGAUAUGAAUAAGGAAAAAGAGCAGCUAAAGAGAGACAAAAGCCAGUUGUUGGAGCAACUGCAAGUUAAAAAUGAAGAAGAAGUGGCUUUGAGGAAGACAGUUGAGAAGUUAGAGGCAAAGAGUAGAAAGGAAGAAUCAGAGAAGAUGAAUCUGACAACAACUGUAGAACAACUAAAGAAGACAGUUAGAGAGCUGGAGAAAAUGAUGAAAGAGAAAGAGGACGGUAUGUUGGACUUGGGAGAGGAGAAGAGGGAAGUUAUCAGGCAGCUGUGUUUGUGGAUUGAUUAUCAUCGCAGUCGCUAUGACUAUCUGAGGGACAUUCUAUCAAAGACUCGCAGUGGCCAGAGAGCAGCAUAAGGCCUCAUUUUUCUCGAGUUUUUCUACGCAGCUUGUUCAAUUAGGUAUGCAUGAUGUCAUGGUCAUUCAAUUUCUCAUUAGCUCAUUUUUUGUUCAUGUGAAUUGAUUCUUUGUUCUUUUUUAAUCUCAAAUAUGUGCGUGUCUGUAAUUCAAUUUGUCCAGUAUCAGGAGCAUCGUGUAGAGCUAGUUUUGUUCCUCUUGAAUUUUUUUUGAAUUGAAUAAUGUUACAGAGUUUUCUCCUUAAUUUGUUCAACGUAAAUAUUUUGAUAAACAA